AUGGGCUCAUUAGCUUCAGAUCACUACAUUGCACCAGAAAUCGUCGAGCUGUCCGGCUCUCCGAGAGAAAUUGGAUUCGAACAUGGUCGUCGACUCGCCGGCAAAAUUCAUUCUCAAAUCGAGGUCUACACUGCCAUGUUCAGACAGACAUCCAAGUUAGACUGGCCCGCCGUCCGCGGCAUAGCUGAAGAGUACCGCCAAACGAUCGAGAAGAAAACUCCAGAUCUCCAUGCUGAGAUGGAGGGUAUUGCUGAAGGAGCCAGCGUUGAUGUUCUCGACAUCGUGGCGCUGAACGCUAGGUCCGAGAUUGCGUUGGGUAGUUUCUCGGAUGGAUGUACGAGCGUUGGAUGGAAGACUGAGAGUGAAGGUGUGUUUUUGAGUCAGAAUUGGGAUUGGACGGCGAGAGUUAAGAAGAAUCUUGCUUUUAUGAGUAUUGAGCAGGUAGGGAAGCCGAAGAUUUGGAUGGUUACUGAGGCCGGAAUUGUGGGUAAGAUAGGCUUCAAUUCCUCGUCGGUGGGUGUCUGCUUGAACGCCAUCCGAGCCAAGCCUAGUGACCCGAUCAAACUCCCAAUCCAUAUCGUUCUUCGUCUCUUCCUCGAAUCAACUUCAGCUUCUUCGGCAAUCAGCAACCUCAAGUCUCUUGGUGGUGUAGCUUCAUCAUGUCACAUCCUGAUCGCGGACCCUUCAGGACCUACAGGUCUUGAACUCUCCCCCAAAGGAGAUACCCACAUCCCGCCCAACGAGAAAGGAAUCGUCUGCCACACAAACCACUUCCUCACCAACAAAUUCAUCACCGAACCUCCUUGGCUAGCAGGAUCACCGAUCCGCCUUGAUCGGGCGAACAAACUCACUGCUGAGUUGGCUGAAGGGGGAAAGGCAGUGACGGAGGAGAGAUUGAGGGAUCAUGUCUUUUCGGAUACGUUUAAUGCUCCGCAGGCGAUUUGCUGUCAGGAGGAUCCAAUUCGACCGAUUGAGACGAGGAGUAGCACGCUGUUUAAUAUCAUUACUCGCUUUAAGAAAGGCGAGGCACCGAGUGCUGAGGUGGUUUGGGGUAGGCCUGGAAGUGGUGAGGAGGGACCGGUGUUGAAGAUGCCUUGGUGA